UGAGCUGCAAUGGCCUCCGUCUCCCUAAUCCGCAUUCACAAUGUCACACCCGCAUCUCCAACUCCACAGCCCUGCUGGAAAUCCCUUUCGAACGUCGAUCUCCUAGCAAGCUCCUCGUUCUAUUCCAGUUUCGUGCACUACUACUUGCCACCACAAGCUCCACAACCAUUUGAAGCCACCGUUGCCAAGCUCAAGCGCUCCCUAGCGCUCACCCUCACUCACUACUUUGUGUUUGCAGGGAGAGUUCAAGCUGGUACCGAUGGCUCCCCCCAAAGUCAACUGCAACGACGCGGGCAUUCCGCUCCGGGUGGCCUCCACCGAUGCCAGGUUUGAUGACUGGCAGAGCUUGGACGAUUGCUCCAUCGAGCAGCAACUCAACACCCAGGACAGGUUUUGCGACAACUCGCCCACGCUGCAAAUCCAGAUUACGCGUUUUGGCUGUGGUGGCAUUACUCUAGGCGGUGCGUUGUGUGAGACUGUAGCAGACGGCUACUCCGUGUCCGAAUUCUUCCAUGCCUGGUCGCGGAUCCACCGGGGAUUGGCAAUCACCCCACCGCUGUUCCAUGCGGAGCUGUUCCAAGCCCGCAACCCACCAAGGGUGACCAUUCCAAUGCGGGACUAUGUCGCCGCCGAGAAGCUCGGCUACCAGAUCGUCGACGCGGCUUCCACUUAUCGCAAGAAGACCAUCACCGUCAGCUCAUCGGGCAUGGACGCGCUCGUCCACGAGGUCGAGGCUGGCCCGUUUGGCUUCGGCCGGGCCAGCAGCUUCGUGGCUCUCUCGGCUCUUAUCUGGAAGUCCAUCACCGAGGCUCGCGAGCUGCCCAACGAUGCCACCACGCGGUACAUGUACCCGGUGUCUUGCAGGGGCAACAAGCGAUUUAAGGACCCUCCGGUCCCGAUGAGCUACUUUGGAAAUGCCAUCCACUUGGCGACCCUCCCGGCCAGGGCCGGCGAUAUCAAGUCCCACCACAUCUCGUUCGCCGCAAAGCUCAUCCACAACGACAUUGCCAAGAUCAGUGGCGAAUACAUCCAAUCAGCUGUCGACUGGAUGGAAAUCCAGCGCCGGAAAGGCCUUGAGUUUGCGUUUAACGUGGACUACUAUGCCGGCAGGGAUGUGAACUGCACCACCAUGCACACGUUUCCCAUCUUCAAAACCGAUUUUGGUUGGGGGCAACAGGUUCACUACACGCUUGUCCCCGAGGUAUGGUUUGGAGACGGCACUGCUUUCGUCCUGCCCACUGCUAAAGGAGGGCGGGAGCGAAAGGUGGCGCUCUGCAUGCCCAGCGGUGUGAUGGAGAGGUUCUUGGGCAACAUGCUGGUGACAAAAUUUACCAGUUGCGGUAGCAACAGCAGCAGCACUGGUGCAAGCCCAGGCCAGAGUAAUUUGAUCCAGGUUGAAGCUUCCACCCAAGACUCACAUGCAAGCGAAGAAGGACUGGAUGAAUUCAGCACUAAUGAAUUGAUCGAUAGUGUGGUGCUGAUUUAUACCCUCUUGAACUCAAAGUUGUGAACAAUAAGUUGUUUCUGGUAUUGGUACAUACACCAUAUAGAUGAUAUUGUCUCUAGAUGAGACAAUAAAGAUUGUUUUGAUGGAUUUGGAGAUAAUAAUGAUGGUA